UCACUGUGCAGCGUGGCGGUGUUGUCAAAAAUAAAGAUGGCGACGGUACCAGCUGUAGAGUCUUUUCGGCAUUCUGUCCGUGACAUGGAUCAGGAUCCGGACUGUUUCGGUGAUGGUUCUGGGACCCAGCUGGACUACGGACUGGGUUUUUUGGAGCAAGAGUUUGGCAGCGAACUGAUGUCUUUAGAAGCCGUUAGUGAGCUGCUGGAGAAAAUGAAAACAGAGACAGCGUUGGUGGAGGAGCAGGUUCUGAGUGUGUGCAGUUCUGUUCCUCCCAAAAUCUCAGCAUCCCUGUCAGCUGCAGAGGAGGUCCGGUGUUCCUUGGAGGACGUGCUGCAGAGAGAACAAUCUGUCUCCAGUCAGCUGCAGCAGCACCUGCAGGGCACCCGGCAGUUGAUGGAUGACCUAGGGCAGACAUUUAACCAUGUAGACUCUAUGGAGAAAAGCAUGAAGUAUCUAAAGUGCCUUCACUACAUAGGAGAGCUCAGUGCUUCAGUCCAGCAGUUUCUGAUGACCAACGGUGUCUGGGAAGCUAUAAAAGCUGUAGAGAGCAUGGCGGCUCUGGACUCUGGCCUCAACCAGUCAGGAUGUUCCCACCUUGUGGAGUUUCUCAGGAAAACGCUUUGUUUCUGGCACAAUAUCAUCAAAGAACAGCUGUCCAGUGAUUUUGAAAACGCAUUGACUCAACUACACUGGCCAAUUGUCUCAACAACAUCUCAGUCUGCGACACCUCCUGCAGGUCAGGAGGUCAGCAGCCAUGUGGAGGAGCUGGUGACUCAGCUGCUGGCCCUGCAGACCUCAGAUGACCUCAUAUCUCAGAGAGCCUCAGCUUCUGGUCAAGGUCAGCCUUCACCUCCACUUCAAGCUCCUCCCCUUUGUCUGCCCAUUCAAAUCAUGCUUCAGCCGCUCAAGAAGAGGUUCCGAUACCAUUUCUGUGGAAAUCGACAGACUAACUCCCUAAGCAAGCCAGAGUGGUACCUAACGCAAGUUCUGAUAUGGAUGAGAAACAGCUCACCCUUCUUGAUGGAAAAGAUUCAGCCUGCCUUGGACCAGGCUGGUGUGGCCAUCAGUGCACAGGUGGAGCUGUGUCGUGGGUUGAUGUCUUUAGUCCAGGAGAAGGUAGCCAGUGAUGCUUCUCGGAUGCUUUACGAUGAUGUUCUCUUCUGUCACCUGGUGGAGGAGGUGCUGCAGUUUGAGAAGGAGCUACGGAGUAAUUAUUCAUAUCCAGCAGUGCUGCCGGGUCUUUUUCACAUUCUGCUUGAGGAUGCGGUCCUUCAGAAGUGGCUUUCCAUGGAAAAGAAGAUGGCAGUGGAGAAGAUGGAUGCCAUGUUGUCUGCUGAGGGAGCGUGGACGUCUCAGUAUAAAGAUAUCAGUGACAUGGAUGAACUGAACGCUCCAGAAUGUGCAGAGACAUUCAUGACUUUACUGCAGGUCAUCACAGAGCGGUACCAGGCUUUGCCCAGCCCUGCAGCACAGCUGAAGUUCCUGGAGCUGCAGAAGGAGCUGGUUGAUGACUUCAGAAUUCGACUGACACAGGUGAUGAAAGAAGAGUCUCGCUUCCCUCUGGGUGCCCGCUAUUGUGCCAUCCUUAAUGCUGUUAACUACAUCUCCACCAUCCUGAGAGACUGGGGAGACAACGUGUUUUUCUUACAGCUGCAGCAGGCCGUCGUUUCUCUUGGUGAGCAGGAGGUUCUGGGGGGGCUUGGAAUUAUGGAGAUGGGUCGCCUGGCUUCUCUGGAGGGAUCGCUCUUUGAUGGUUUGCUGUCUCUGCUGGAUCGAUUAAAGGGAGAGAUGUUGGGAAGACUGCUGGAUUUCCUUAUGAGAGACAUUGUAGAAAAGGCCAGACCCUACUGUCAGGAGAGGUGGCUUUCUGUUCCAUCUCAGCAGGACCAGUCCACCAUGUCUCUGUCCAGCUCAGCAUGUCCCAUGAUGCUGUGUGUGAGGGACAGAUUGUCGGGCCUCCAUCAGUCCUUGAGUUGUCCUCUUUUCCAGCUUGCUUGGCAGGGUCUGGCAGAUCGACUGGACAAGUUUCUGUACCGAGAUGUGAUCUUGUCGAACCACUUCAGUGACGGUGGAGCAGCUCAGCUUCAGUUUGACAUGAGCAGAAACUUGUUUCCUCUGUUUGGUCACCACUGCAGAAGACCAGAGAACUUCUUUAAACAUGUGAAGGAGGCUUGCAUCAUCUUGUGUCUAAGCGUGGGUUCUGCAGUUCUAUUGAAGUCUGUCCUGAAACAGUCAGACCAGGAUAACAAAGACUGGGAAGGUCCUAAGGAUUCUCCACCAGAGUCCACCCUGAAUGAGUUGGGAGUUUACUGUUUGUCACCAUGUGACGUGCUUAUUCUCCUCAACCUCAGAGCCUCUCUACCAGAAAUCUAAUAACUGCUCUGUAGCAGCAUUACAUUUUAGUAGUGUGUGACUGUCUUCAUGUGUCCUGACAUGUUCCUCGUGUAGCUGAUGGUUUUACAGUCAGAACAUGAAUAAAAUCCUAUUACUCUAA